AUGACAGCCACGACACCGUCGCUGACCGACCUCGCCGAAGCUGCGUCGCAAGCAGCAACAGCUUUGGCAGCGAAGCUUGAGAAAGGCGGAUAUUCGGCUCCGUCUUUUGUACAAGAUGGACUUGCGAACUACUCAACGGAUCCUGAGAUCAUUGGUCUUCGCAUGCAGUUGCUCGAUGCCACCACUGACCUCUACUGCCUUGCUCUUGGGCCAACUGAUUCAUCAUUCAUGGGUCCUUUUCUUGCAUUUCAUGAUGCAUCGAUCACAAACAUCCUGAAUCAGUUCAACUUCUGGAACGCUGUACCGAUCGGGGGGUUGGCAACAUACGCUGAAAUCACUGCUCAGGUCAACCUUCCAGAAAGUAUCGUGCGCCGCGUCCUCACCCAUGCCACCUCAAUUCGCAUCUUCGCCAAUGCCAAUGAUACGCCUGACAAAUCGGCUUAUGACUGGAGCAAACUUGGUGAAGCAGCCGUGGUUGAUACUGGUGGUUCUAGUGGUCAUGACUCCUCCACCAUUGCUCAGGCGUUUCCCAACCUGAAAUUCAUUGCCCAAGAUCUUCCUCAGCUUCAGACCUCCUUCGAUGAACAAGUGCCUGCUGAGAUCAAGUCUCGGGUCAAGUUUAAGCCACAUGAUUGCCUGCAGCCCCAAAAAGCCCAAGGAGAUGUUUACAUGCUCAAGAUGGUUCUCCAUGACUGGCCUGAUAAUUAUGCUGUAGAGAUUCUCAGGCAUCUGAUUCCACACCUUGAGUCUGGUUCGUGA